AUGUCCGCCAUAGACACCUCAGUCUGGUACAAAUCAGACUACGGCACCCGAUUGAAACCAUCCUCCCAAUUCCGCGACCGCGCCUGGCCACUCGGCGGCUAUCCCUGCAUAGGGAUGUGGAUGUUCCUCCUACCAGGCCUAGCAGGGUUCCGGGAGUUCAGCGCCCUCGUCGAGCGCGCGCGGCAGUCCGACUCCACCAUUCUCGACCUCGGCUGCGGCCUGGGACAAGACCUGCGCCUGCUCGCCGCGCACGGGGUGCCGACCGAGCGCAUGGUGGCCGUGGACGUAGAGCCGCGCCUCUGGGAGCUGGGGUACGAGCUCUUCAAAGACGGCGGCGGACGCAUGCAGGCGAAGUUCAUCCAGGGGGAUUUCCACACCAUGACGGAUGAGCAGCUCGCGCCUGUGCAGGGCAAAGUGGACCUCGUCAUCGCCGCGCAGUUUUUACACUUGUUCAGCUAUGAGGGCCAGCUGGUCGCGUGCAAGCGGAUCGUCGCGCUCUCCAAGCUCGGUACCACGGUCGUCGGAUUUCAGCAGGGACAUGUCCGGCCUGUCGAGUAUCGCCGUCCCUGGGGGGUGACCUUUUACCAGAAUCGCGAGUCGUUUGUGAAGAUGUGGGGAGCUGUGCAGGAGGAGACGCGAACUGUUUGGGAUCUGGAGGUGAGAGAGGUGAGUCUGCUUGAUUGGGGGAUGCAGGAGGAGGAUUUCGCUUGGAUGUCUGAGAAUCGGAUCGGGAUUGAGUUUGUUAUUAGUCGUGUGUCGUGA